AUUGAGUGAGAGGCGUUUAGCUUUUUGAUUUUGCCUGCCAAGAUGGCAAUCGUCUCUAGAAAAUACCCUUUUUACGGUAGCAAUAAGCAGUUAGUCAGUUGUGUUCUGUUCACUUCUUGUUUUAUCUUGCAAUCGCUUUGGAUGCCUACAGCUCUGGCUGCUGAAAGCGCAGGCCAGAAGGCGCAUUUUCAAGUUGAGGACAAGUCAGGGGAGAUGAAAAUUACAGCAACUAAGGACCAAGCGAAGGUAAUCGCUCAAGCAGACUCCGUUCAAGUAGUGGUUAAGCCUGGAACAGCGGAUUAUCCCGUCCUCAAAUCGGACAAGCCCGUAGUACAUGUAACUCAGCCAGGAUGGAGUUCCAUAAGCAUUCGUAAAUCUGCGAUUUUCAAGAGAACGAAGCCUUUAACGAGGCAAACGAAGAACUCAGUGGCAAACAAACCAAGGAAGGCACUUAUAAUAGGGAAAAGACUUUAUUCAAAGAAUGCAGAAAGAUCAAUGUCGGGACAGAAACUUAAAAAAUUUUUUCCGAGGGAAGGCUGUUCAUUUUUCCCCGAAAAGCGAAGAAAAUGUUUUGAAAGGAAGUCUACUCAAUAUAAAGCCAAGAAUGUUUCAGGAAGUAAAAAAUCUGAUGUUAAAUAUGGAGGAUUUCACGUAAGUGGUGAUGCGGGGAAACUUAAAAUGCACGUUACAAAAGACGAAACAACGCUAAGUAGUGAAUCAGGAGGGGUGGAUAUUUCCCUUAAUAAACAUCCAUCAUCAUCCGCAGCGUCAGACCAGCGAAAAUUGGACACUCAACCUCAAAUGUACAGGGAGGAGUCAGCUGAUAAGGCGGUACACAUCGCUACUGAAUUGGAAAACAGUUUGUCCAAUUUUUCUGGCUUGAGAAAAUCAGUUAUCACUAAGCUCAAAAAAGAUUGGGACUGAUAUGACAACAGAAGGCUUUAGUGCUGUCCAUCGUUCAGACUCUAUCAUCUAUUGGACAACUUGUAUGCCUUCAAACAUGUAGAAAACCGUGAAAGUGUGAGAGAAGUUAUAAUCUGACAACUGAGUCUCUCCAAACCAUUGUUGAUCUCUAUUAUUUGUGCUUCGGGCAACACAUACUAGCCCUGAGAUGAUCUAAAAAGCUUUAAAAUACAUUCCCCAUUUCCCCAAUAUUUCUAAUCAGUUUUCAUUAACUCGUCAGCUAUACCUUUAUCGGCAAAGCUCUCUCAGUGUCACUAAAAACAAGAGGAAAAUAAAUAAAUUACUGAAUGGUAUUCAUUGAUAUGGAAAGAGGCACUAUGAAAGUAAAAUGAUCAGGGCUCAGGUCAGGGCUUAACCCGGACCGCUGACUAGGAUCAAUUGUAGUCCCAACCUCGUCCUCAGGGUCUUCUCCUCGACGAUUUUCCAAAUGGCGGCUCGUCAACCUCGUCCCCAGGGCCUUCUCCUCGACGAGUUUCUCCCGUCCCGCCAUUUUGAAGAGUGGAGAAGGCCCUGGGGAAGAGGUUGCGGCUCGUCGGGACGCCAUUUUGAAAAGUGGAGAAGGCCCUGGGGAGGAGGUUGACUCUAGUACAGCAAACUAUCACGCUUCCACGCCAGGGAUAGCACUAUGGCAUCCUUAUUUGACUACAUCGGGUUAACGGUAUGGUGCCAAUGAACACGUUGCCAAGGACGACUUCAGCACUUACCUAACUUGAAUUUCUUAUUUAAAUGCGUGAAGGAUUUUUGUCACAGUUUGUUUAAGAAUUUUUAUCUUCCCCAACUGUAUUUUGACCUCUUCAACAUAUAUGUUUAGUGCGACAGGUGGUUGAACUGAAGGCUCCCAAUUCGAUUAUAACGUGAAAGAGAUGCAGCGGCUCUUUAUCUUAGUCGUGAAAUAUAUACUACGCUGUAGGCUAGCGAAUGCGUUGAUAUCUAUUCAAGAUUUAGUCAUGUUACUCCAAUGAUCGAACAUCUUGGUUGGGACUCACUUGAAGAUCGUCGACUCCUCUUUCAAACUACUAUGUUCUACAAGAUCUUAAUGGGACAUGUUGGUAUUAGCUUUCCUGCUUAAGUCCACGAAAUAACAAGGGCCACCAGAUUACUGAACAGUCGUCCUUUCCAACAAAUCCGUGUAUCAAAUGAUGUCAUAUGCUUCUGAUGAUGUCUAUAAGUUUUCCUUUUAUCCAAGGACAAUAGUAGCAUGGAACAAUUUACCUAUUUAUGAAGAUGUUGAUAUAAAUAAUUUUAAGA